AUGAACAACGAUGGAGGCUGUACCAUCGACACAUGCCCUCUAUCUAUGGCGACUGUUCACUACGAUCCGAGUCUCGUAGGGAACACUUUUUAUCUUACUUUAUUCGCCGGAACAUUCGUCGUACAGGCUGUCCAAACGUGGAAGUAUAAGACCUGGUCUUACUCUUUCUCCGUCAUGAGUGGACUGGUGCUUGAAGUUGUGGGAUACCUCGGCCGUGUCCAGAUGCAUUACAAUCCUUUCGACGCGAACCCAUUUUUGAUAUACUUGAUCGGUUUGACAAUCGGACCAGUCUUCUUUAAUGCAGCUAUCUAUCUCACACUCUCACGAAUCAUCGUCCAUUACGGCGUCCGUUAUUGCUGGCUCACGCCUAAGCGAAUCUCAAUCACUUUCAUGACCUGCGAUUUUAUUGCACUCGUCUUGCAAGCUGCUGGUGGUGCUAUUGCCGACACUGCAAGCACAAGCAAAGGGUCGGACACUGGGACACAUAUCUUAGUGGCAGGUCUUGGUUUCCAGGUCCUUUCUCUCCUCUUUUUCAUCGGGGUUUCGUGCUACUAUGCCUUACUCGUAACUCGGUUGAGGCAGGGUAAAGACGUCUUUGUACAAAGUCCGAGUCGGUACUGGAGAACGGUACAUCUCAACUCACAAACUAAGAGGCAUUUCAAUCUCUUCCUCGUCGCAUUCUCAUUCGCUACAAUUUUCAUCCUCGUUCGGUCUACAUUCCGUGUUGCCGAGCUUUGGAAAGGCUUCGACAGUAGACUGACUAACGAUGAAGUUCUAUUCAUGCUUUUAGAAGGGACUAUGAUAACCUUGGCCGUCGGCCUACUCACGUUUUUCCAUCCAGGCACGGCGCUCAAAGACGAAUGGAAAGACUCGGGAUGGGUAGCAGCGAAAGUGGCGCCAAAUGAUGUUUUCUCUCGUUAUGAGAUGAGUGGAGUUUAG